AAAUCAGGCGCAGGCUUCUCAUCCGGGUAUUUUCGCUGUACACUCUGCAGGCAGCUCGCUAGCUCGGAAUACUGACUUAUUAGCUUUCUAAUAAAAACAAACAAACUGAUUUUAUCUGUGUGAUUAUAAAGGGAAAUUGUGGCUAGUUAGCGAAUAUUAGCUACAUGCUAACGCUAGCAGAGAGCCGGUGCGUGACGUUUUACACAGUAGUUAUAGCGUCAACAAAAAAAUUCAAAAUGGCACAAAAAAGGAAACAAAAAUUUAAACGGAUGCGAAAAAUACAUUCCUGUCCGGAAAUACCUUCGAAGAUGAGUAAAUAUUUGUUUAAAUAUAUAUUUAAAAUGUCCGUAACCGAACCAAACGUGACGUCAUGACGUCGGCGGAAUGUUCAAGCCGGGGGAUCGGUUAAACGUUUCCAUGGUAACAGCAGCGACUUCUGAUUGGUGGAGUUUCCUUUUGGAAUUCUGGGUAAUGUAGUGCUUUGUGAAGAAUACGAAACUAAAACACGUCUUUUUUUAAAGAAAUGAAGAUGACAUCACAGUGAUUCAUUGCCUCGUGUGGUGAAUAUGAUCGUGUUUUAACGAAAUAGUAAAUAACAGAAAGUGUAGCUUGUAUUAAAGCGAAUAAAAAUCUUUUAUUUGUGGCGCUGAAUGGAAUGUGUAAUGCUACUUCCGGAAACAGCUGUAUUUGUCAGAGCAGACAGGAACUGUAGGGGAUCUCUGCUGUGCGUGGAGUUGAGACUGAAGAUGAAGGGUUUUAAGGUUGGACUAAGUGGAGAAACGUGUUAAAUAGCGAGUUAAUGAGAAGAAGAAGCUUAUUUUUUAUUAAUAUUAUAAUUGUUAUGGUGAUUUCCUGAGUGACUGAUGGACACAUGCAGGAGGAGGAAGUGCACUAACCCUCAGGAGUGAUUAUUAUUAUUAUUAUUACUGUUUCUGUUACUGGGUUUGGUUUUGCAGCCUGCUGUCGCUUCACGCACAUGAGAGGAAAUCACACACCAUGACCAACACUGCUGGAGGUGAGACGGCUAAAGCGGGACGUGAGGAUGUCCUGGAGCGGUACGUGACCUUCUACAGCCGUGUGUGGAGCGACGGCGGCGUGAAGGUGUGUGAGGACACGCGGCUGAUGGAGCAGGCCCGGCAGGCCGUGAUAACCCAGAGUGAAGCGGCUCCCACGUUCACACUCCUGCCAUUUUACCCCACUGUGAUCGACGUCAUCAGCUCCACCACCACCACCACCGGCUCCUCCACCGGCUCCUCCACCGGCUCCUCCACCAGCUCCACCAGCGUGCUCCAGCGCCUGAGUAAAGCCUUCGAGGUGCUCGAGCUCUUCUGCAUCAACCUCUUCCUCUUUCCCUGGAAAAAAGAGAUUAAAACACUGAAGAAAUUCACUGGUCACUUUGUUUACCACGUCAAAGCGGUUCUGCCGCCGCAGGCGACCCGGAGCGUUCUCCACCGCAUCGGCUACGACUCCGAGACCGACACCGAGUAUAAACUCUCCGAAAACGCCGACCCAAACCGGGCUAAAGAAAUGGGCUUUGAGCUUUUUCUCGCCCGGAUCGAAUGCGAACAUCUGAUUCAGCUCACGAGCCAGACGUCUCACGCCGAGUGUCUGGAGAUCAUCCAGAGCCGAGGUUCUGCUGCGACUCUUCAGGAGGAACCGGAGCUCAGCAGCGCUCCCAACGGGGUUCUGGAGGAGGACGGAACACACAGAGACGACUUCCUGUUAAAUCCAGAACCCAGUUUGAAACCUUUAGAUCUGGAAAUGAACGAGUGUCAGAACUCCGAGCGCGGAUCGUUCCUGAGUGAAGAUAAGUCCAUCCUGGAGAUGCAGAAGGAUUACCCAGACCUCGCCUUCCGACAGAGGCCCAUCUUCAAAAGCUCGCCUGCCAAGCUGAAGCGCUCCAGAGGAAGAGGCGCGAAGUCCGACCGUGAAGAGAGCGGCCCUCGCUCCACCACCUCACACACUGAAGCUCCAGAACCUGCUCUAGAACCUCGUUCCUCAGAAGAGCAGCAGCUGCGCGUUGGAGCCGCGUCACGCGCUCCGGGGUUAAGACACGUUGACGACGCCUCGGUGACGGACCUGGCCGAGAUGAUGAUGGAGAAGCUGCAGGUGAAGGAGCUCCCCGGCGAGGAGCCUCUGAAGUGUCCGGUGGAGGAGACGGCGCAGUGCGAGAAGAACGAGACGAUCCCGCCGAUCCUCUGCAGCCCCUCGCACGAGUCCGUCUGCAGGAUCGCCGGCUGCGGCAGCUGCCCCGCCUCCGACCGACUGCAACGCCACGGCAUCACGGAGCCUCCGCACUCCUUCUACAUCCCCAACCGCGUGAGCGCUUCUGCUCCGGCGCCCCCUGCAGAGCACGAGGAGAACAUCCACCCGGGCAGCAGAGCAGGACCUGACCCCGUCCUCCACCACGCUCUGGAGAUCUGAGGAACCUGUGUGUAGGUGACCAUUAGCACAGAUUAACUCACUUCCUUAAAACACACACACACACACACACACACACUUAAUACACUGCGAUGAAGUCACUCAGGUCAGAAUUGUGUUUUUCUGUUUAAAACACUUUCUCUCAGUGUAAAUAUGAUUUGGGGGCGGGGCUACAUACGACCUCAGCUUGUGAAGUCACUAAAUAAACUCAACAACUUUAGACCAAUCACGUCUGAUAUGCAAAUUAGCAUACGAUGGCAUACUAUGUUGAUAAAUAAAUCUCGCCUGUUUACUCGCAGUUAACUAACCAGCUAGUUAAGUCAGCUGAUGUUGUAAUGUUAGGCUGUUGCAUGGAGGGAUGAUAUGUGGGCGUGUCUAAUUUGCAUAUUCAUGAAUAUUCUUGGCUCCUGGUAUUUUUAUGAGGGAAAAUGUGUAGAAACGUUAUUUUAUGAAACAGUUUUAUUCAUUUCUUUAAGACGAAUAAACAUAAAAUAAUCGAGUUAUUAUUCUAAACAACACGUAAAUCUAAUAUUCAGGUGAAAAACACAAAUUUGUCCUGAAUUUUGUCGUGAAGCGAUCAUAACGCAGUGUAGAGAGACACUGUGUGUGUUUCAGUACGUUAACUGCCUUAAAAAUCUUAAACUAGUUGUUGAGUUGUUGAGUUAUUGAGUUACCUCAUUAACAUCAGUGUGGGUUUGAAUUAAAUACACUCCUGUAAAAGUUUAAAAAUGUGAAAAAAAACAACUUUUUAUAGCAACUUUUAUCAUGUUGCUUUGGGAAUUCUGCACUUAUACGUUUAAUGUUAAAAAUGUUAUACAGAUUCAGCGAACUCUGAGGUGUAAUUUUUGCAGAUGUGGCGCUCUGGGUGUGUGAGCGAGCGAUUAGUGAUGUGUUCUGGGAUAAAUACUGAUGCUGUACGAUGUGUGAAGGUGUUUGUGUUUUGGGUUUUUUUUUGUUUUUAAAAAAUUGUUCAUCUCAGGUGAAGGACUAGCGAAGCUCUAACAGGCUUCAGAUUCACAUAUUUCAUUAACACCGAUUUCCCAUGAUGCUGUGAGCUCAGAUUUACAUUCACAUUUACGGUAUUUGGCCGACGCCGUUAUCCAGAGCGACUUACAAACGUGCUUUAAAGUCUAUCAAUAAAUACGUCCAGAUUCUGGCUCGCUAGGAGAGCUAGUUUUAUUUGAGAUUGGUGACCCGGUUGAGCUCAGUAUUCCUCCGCACUUGUAGCUGAUGAUUCUAGCCGGUGAGGUCACGACUGGGAAAAUCUGAUCACACUUCAUUUAUUUUAGUUUUUGUUUAUUUUUUGCACUUUGCCUUACUUUAUCCUCUUUUUCUUUUCAUCACAGCUAUCGUCAGAUUAUAGUUUUUCCUUUCCUACCUGUAUAGAAGUAAAUUCUAGUUGUAAAUUGUAUUUUUAAGUCAGGGACAGUCGUGAAAAGCAUUUCACUGCACGUCGUACUGUGUAUGGUUGUGUAUGUGACCAAUAAAAUUUGAAUUUGAUUUGAAUUUGAACUCUAAUGAACUCCUUUUCACAGUAAAAUGAGGUAAGCGACUCUGUGACCUGUUACAUCAGGGGUGUCAAACACACGACCCGCGGGCCAGGACCGGCCCGAUAGUGAUUCUUGAUUCAAAAUCAUGUUGUGGACCGUAACUGAAUCGAAAGCGCUGGUCUCUGUUAUUCCACUAGGGGGCGAAAUAAAGCGAUAAUCUCAGAGUGAUAAUCUCAGAGUGAUAAUCUCAGCUACUGAUAAAAUGAUGUAAUUCUUCAUUAGCAAGCUAAACGUUUAGAGGUUUCACAGCGAUGGGGGUGAAUACUUAUGCAAUCAAACUUUUACAUUUUUUAUUUGUGAAUAAUUGUAACUGUUGAAUUUACCCUCAUUUCAAUAUUAUGGAAUAAUUAGUGUAGAUUAACAACAUAAAAUCCCACUUCAAUUCAGUUUUAUUUGUAUAGCGCUUUUAACAGUGGACGUCGUCACAAAGCAGCUUUACAGAAAUAAAUACAUUCAGGAUAUAAAUUUUAAAUUUAUAAAUUUAUCCCUAAUGAGAAGCCAGAGGUGACGGUGGUGAGGAAAAACUCCGUGAGAUGACAUGAGGAAGGAACCUUGAGAGGAACCAGACUCUCAUCUCAUCUCUAGAAUCCAUCUUAAUUUUUUUGUUUUUAUUUUGUUGUAAUUUUUUUUAUUUUCAUGUGUGCCAUUUUAAAAGAUAAAAGUCCUACAACUGCAGGUGCUCAGUGUGAGGCUUGGUGGUGUUGUGGUAAAAGCCUUGCCGCUGAAGUCGAAGCUUGCUGGUUUGAGUCUGGUGAUGUCUGUAUGCUGAGAGGGAGGAGUCAGUGGAGUGGGUGGAGUUAGUAGGGAAGGGUGGUGCUGCUGAAUUACAGGAAAAGUGAAGGUGAUAGUUUUUACAGACUUCCCUAAAUAUGCAAAACUAAGUCCACACUCUCUCUUCAAGCUCCAUAACCCCUUAUUCCUCACACACUGACCCUGGGGGGGCAGCUGCCCGGUUUUUACCCCCCCAGUUCACACCCAUCCGGCACCUUCCACUGAUUCCUGAACUGUCUACGCUCACAUCCUGGAGUCCUGGCUGGGUUUCGAACCAGCGACCUCUCAACCCAGAGGUGAAGCUCAUCCACAUGAGCCACAGGAUCCCACACUUACAUGCUCUUUUAUAGAACUUUUCACUGUGGUGUGAUUAACGCUGCCCUAAAGAUAAAUCACACACAGGGACUCAAACCAGAGACGUCACACGCCAGAGAGCACGACACUAACCACUACACCACUGCAAGACAGGAAGUGAUGCUGCAGGACAGGAAGUGAUGCUGCUUACUGGAGUUUUGUCUCGAUAAAUGGAUCCAAGAGCAACAACUUUAUAACGUUUAGUGGACGAGGAUCAGUGUUCAUCACUUCUCAUCGCUUCCAUGUAGAUUCUCUCAGUAACAGGAGUGUCGCUAUGAGCGCACCAUGAACCAACACACACACACACACACACACACACACACGGAGCGGUUGGAGUGCUGUACCUGUGUGCUUUCUGUGUAAGAUUGUUUCACACUUUCACACUUUCAGCUUGUCUCAGUUUUUCCAGGCACGAGGAGGUGCAUAUUUAUAGAUCUUUGUUAGUUAGCAGUAAUAAUUAUUUCAUGCGCAGUUCUCAGUUGGGCUUUGACCCAACAAACACGACUCUACCUGCAGGAGCUGCAAGUCUAAUCACAGCACCACUGGAGGACGCAGGAGGAGGUUGUAUAACACACAUCUGACCUGAUAAAUGACUCAGAAGAAGAGUUUGUGGUGUAUAAGUAGCUGAUUUUAUAGAGUUGCAGUAACUAAAACAUCUUCAGUUCUCAUCUUUCUCUCUUUAUCUCCUCUCUGGUCGAAUCCCAGACUCAGGCUUUUAUUACACGUUUAGCAGAAGGGAACUGGGUUAGAUGGCAGUGAGGUAAGAGAAUCAACAUGAGGGUAGAUUCCAGGAGAAAAGCAUUCUGGGUAAAUGAUGGAAUUUUAAAUCUAUAAACACGAGGAGUCUUUAUAAGUCAGAGCAAUUAUUAAGCCAUGAUAAUAAACACAACACUUUACAUUCAUAACCUCCUAAACCUUCACAUCAGCAGGCUGUGGGUCAUUACCCAGAAUCCCCCAUUCCUGUAUCCAACACAUUGUGUGUUUCCACUCAGACCUUCAGCAUGCAUAUCCUCACGUCCCAGCUGGAGUGUGAACCAGUGACCUCCUGCCUCAGAGGAGAAGCUCAUCCCCUACUGCGCUGUUAGUCUCAGAUUGUGAGACACAAGAGACGUGACUGUAAAGCGAAAAUCUGGUGUGAUGAAGAGCUUUAAUCCAAAUAACGCUCAAAGUUCAAUUCAGUUUUAUUCUUUUUUCAUUUGUUACGCUAACUAAUGUAGCUCACUAAUGCACUUCAUUUUAAACUCGACUCACAAAUAUUAUAAAAAAAAAACAAGUCUAGUAGUCUUACUGCAUGAACACACACACACACACACACACACACAC